CUCAUACAACAAAGAGCGGCCAUUUGGCGCCAAUGUUAGCGAUGUAAUGUUACCUGGAAUCUGAACUUAAAACUAGAGGACAACACAGGUCGGUGGAAUCGUCCGACCGAGACUCACCCUCAGCCAUGUAAAACUUUUCUGUGAGGGGGAAAGGGAGGGGCUCCACAACCCAGGAGGACUACAGGAACUCAGGAGGGACAAAAAUAUAUUAAACCGCCCUUUCACAGGCUCUCUAAAGAUGACAACCAAAUCCAACAGCAGUGUUCUGGGUGGCAAAGCGUCAUCCUCCCCUCUUCUGUCCUCACCAAACCGCCAACGUUUGGUCACUAAAGAUGGACAUUGCACCCUCCGCCUUCCUCUGUGUCCCUCGGGCUCAUGGCUUGGAACAUCAAGCCGGGCCUGGCUGCUUGCCCUGCAUGACAUGUGGGGACAGUUAGUGGGUCUGCGCUGGAGAUGGGUUCUGUUGGCCUUCUGUGCAUCAUUUGUGGCUCACUGGCUGCUGUUUGCUUGCUUGUGGUACUUGCUAGCCCAUAUCAAUGGAGACCUGGAUGUGCUGGAUCAUGACUCCCCUCCACAGGGGCACGUGGUUUGUGUGAAGCACAUUACCAGUUUCACCGCUGCCUUUUCCUUUUCCCUUGAGACCCAGCUCACCAUCGGCUAUGGCACCAUGUUCCCAAGUGGUGACUGUCCAAGUGCCAUAGCUCUGCUGGCUGUGCAGAUGCUGCUGGGGCUCAUGCUGGAGGCUUUCAUCACAGGUGCAUUUGUGGCCAAGAUUUCCUGUCCUCAAAAGCGAGCCGGAGCCAUCCAGUUCAGCACCCAGGCCGUGGUGGGCCAACACCAAGGUCAAACUUGCCUCAUGCUCCGAGCCACAAACCUUCUGAGGCGCCCCCUGGUGGAUGUGAAGGUGAGUGCUGUGCUCUAUGAGGAGCAUGAAGGCCAAGCCCUGCAUCAGACCUCUGUGGACUUCUUCAUGGAUCAUCUUGGCCAACAGCCUUGUCCCUUCUUUAUCUUCCCACUCACAUUUUUCCAUCCCCUGGACCGCCGAAGCCCCCUCUACCCCGCCCUGCAUGAGGACACGUCCAGUCAGUUUGAGCUGGUGGUGUUCCUGUCGGCCUCGCAGGAAGGAACAGGCGACACCUGUCAGAAGAGGACCUCCUACCUUCGCCAGGAAAUCCAGUUUGACCGUCGCUUUGUGCCUGCAUUAGGUCUUGAUGCCCACGGGAGGUAUGUGAUGAGCAACCAUCACUUUGACACAACACACUCGAAGGAACCUUUGGACAAGGACUGUGUUGUGCAGAUCAACGGUGACGGCAGUGACAGGAUGGAGUGAAAAUAUUGGUUCUGCUGGGACGACAGGAGAUAUUUGGUCAAUCAUUUUUGCAUUGUGAAAUACAGUAUGUCAGUCUUUCUUAAAGGACUGUUCAUUUUCAUGGUUUAACUCAAUAAAGUCAAAAAGGUGAUACAUUGUCAUAUCAAGUUCACCUAUUGAGUAACAUAAACAUAUAUACUGCUCACAAAAAGUUAGAGAUUCAUAAUGAUAAAAAAAAAUUUUAAUUUACCAUAAUUGUGUGAUUGCUGAAGAGCCUUCUUAUGUUAUUCUAUACCAAAAUUGUCCUUUUAACUAUUCUUAAUGUAUAUUAUAUGUAUAAUGUGUAUUCAUUUUUUUUCCAUCAACUUCUUCCACUUUUCUUAACCGAUUCAAACCAUUUAAAAAAUUACAACGCUCGGUUGAUUCAGGAACAAAAACUAUUCUUUUUAAAUACCUAUCUGUAGAUUUUUGUUGACAAUAUUAAGUGUUAAUUUUCAGCUUACCGUUCUUUGUAUUCACUUUUCUUUUUUUUCCAUUUUCAAAUUACUGGCAGGGAGUUCACACAGAGAUAAGGGAGGCUUGACAGGGUGUUCAGAGCACUUAGUCCGGCAUCCAGGUUUUGAGGAGAGUAGAGCAGUGGCAAGGGACACUCAGCUUCCCCUAACACAGGUUUAUUCAACUGGCAAUGUGGGGGCCAAAUCUGGCCGUGGAAUGACAGUUCAGUUCAAAUCUUGGGAGACAAAACAUUUUGCAGUGAAUUCCUAAAAACAAUAAAGUACUCGUAGUGGUAUAUAUCUUGGACCACUGUAAACACAUUGUCAGAUCCUUGUACCAACAUUUUAACUUUGCUAACAAACAAAAAACACUGGGGUCCAAACUUGGGGUUUACAUAACUGAGGCGUUGCUCAAAGCACUCCUUCAAGUCCUUUCCUUUUUGGCAGUUCCACUUCUUUUUGUAAUAUGAUUCAUGUAACUAAGGUGUUGUUGUAGCUUCUUUACUUCCAAUGCAGUCAGUAGUCAUUUGUUCAACUUCUUCAGUUAAACUAGUAGUGUUUCUCAAGGUUCCAUUUUAGGUCCUCUCUUUUUCAUCAUGUGGGCUAUUCAAGUUCAGUUCAAAAUACUUGUAAGAGACUCGCAUUUUUGCAGCAGAUUCUUAAAAAUACUAUAGAGUGCUGUCAUUGAGAUAAUCUUUGAACAGCUUUUUUGCAGAAUGUCCUCAAAGGGGAACUGAACUUUGUUGGAAUUUUUCCUAUCAUUCAAAAUCCUUAUGUGAGACAAGCACUCGUUUUCUUUUUGAAUGCAUUCUAAUUCAUAAAUAAACGUUGGCAAAAGUCAGCUAACAAGGGAGCCAAUGGGAGUCGCUAUAUUCCGCCUAUAAAGCGCUCCAAAAACAUCCAAACCCCCUCCAUUAAGGUUUUAUAUACAUGCUGUAAGCAGGGCCGUAACUAGGAUUUGACAAAUACUGAGGUCAAAAAAUGGUGGUCCAAGAGAAGCUUUGAAAGGCUGAAAUCAUGGGUAUCCCAGCACUAUAUUAAUUUUAAAAAAGUGGACUAUUACAUAAUCAUGCUAAUUGUCAAAGAUGUUAGAUAAUAUAACGUGAUAGUUCUACCUUAAUGAAUGAUUUCAUUAUUUAUGUAUAAUAAUAUAUAAUAUACAUAUUACACAAUUUUAACAUCAUUAAAACAUACAUUUAAAAACCCUACCAAAGUCUUUUCCGCGGGUGGGUUUCGAACCUAAGGUCUUCUACUUUGUAAAGCAAGUACUAAUAACAUCUGCCACGGAGCCAACGUAAGUAGAAUACGGAAAAAGAGUUUUCAUAUUGUAAUCAGCGACAGAGCAUGAUGUGGCCAGGAAUAUGUUUCGGGCAAAAUUUUAUGUGAAGCGCCUUGUCAUUCAAUAAUUUACAUUUUAAUGUGCUUCUUCUCACGCACAUUAGAGAUGCAAAGCCCUAGGCAGAGCGCGUCUUCUGCAUCUUGGGCGGGGCGGCACCUGACUGACACGACAACGUUAUUAUACCGACAGCGUUUCACAUCAAUUUCAUUCCGGUGAAAGCAACAUUAGUUACGUCAGUAGGAUUUAAUGUUAAUGUUAUGUUGACAGCACAUUUCUGAUCGGAUGAUCUUUAAAGCAAAAGUGGACUACAUGAAGUUAUGCUGUUGGAGUUAUAGCGGGCCGUUCAUGACCAAAGAUUGUAUAGUGAGAGAGGAUGAUCUACCACAUGAUGUUGUACAGCGCACAGGAUGUGCUACACAAAGUACUCUCAGGGCGUUCAAUCGUUCGCAACUGGACUGCUUGGUUUAUCCUUGAAGACGUUUCGCCGCUCAUCCGAGGAGGCUUCAUCAGUUCGUGCUCAUAGACUGGUCAGAUCUAGUCCCACAAAGUACAUUUGCUGUGAGUUAUAUCAUCUUCUUUUUGUCACUUAGAAAAAAUACAGAGGACAUGACCUUGGUGUCCUCAAUGGUAGUUACGCUCAUGGCUGUAAGUAUAUACGUAUGUAAUGUAGUAACAGGCAUAUUUAACAUGGAAUAUUAACAUAUUUUAGUCAUUUUAUGGUGUCAUAUUAAUUUCACAGACACAUCACAACUUUCGUUUUUCCCUUCAACAAUAACAACACUACUACUAUUUUUUUCCUGUCUCUCUUGCCAUCUCUGGGUAUAAUUUGUAUGUCAAAGUUGACCAACUUCUCAGUUUAUGACCACAACUUUCCACUAUCCGAUAAGAUUUAUAAUUUAUAAUUAACUUUCACCAGCUUGCGAUGCAGAAGCCAACCGGUUCAAUAUGUCAACAAUGUAGCAGCAUAAGCUAGUUACCGCCAUGUGAUCACGGCGCCAGUAAAAGUAGUUUGUCUGCGUCUAAUACUUGGUUAAUAUUCAGGCCACAAGGUGUAAAUGGAAUACUGUUGCCGGUUUUUGGAUGUUUCUUUAGAGGGCUUUAUGGGUGGAAUAAAGUACUAACAUUAGCUGCAUUGUAAGCCAUCUAAUACUUGUGGCGUAUAUUACAAAUGAGAAUGCAUAAAAAAAAAGAAAACAUAUGUGUUCUUGUCUUCCGUAGAGAUUGUUAAUGAUAGACACAGAACAUGGUAGCAGAUUGGGAUUUACAACAGCAAUUUAAAAAAGUUCUUAAAAUAAUACAGCGUAUUUAUGGAUUGCCUGGAUGAAUUACCUGGAGGUGUCCUGAUCCAAUAUGAUAUCGGUGCAAUAACAGAAAAGAAACAAGUAUUGGAUUUGUUAAAAUAAAUGACCACUCCACUUCAACUUAAAGACAGCAUAAGUCAUUACCAGACGAUUAUUAAUAAAUAGCAUACCAAUGUAGUUACUGUAUAAAGCCCUAAAACCACCUCUGUUGAAUAACAAAAGGCUGUGCACCACAGACAAGUACAAAUGUAGAAAAGCAGAAAAGAAAAUGCACAAGACAGAAUAAAACUUAUCAUCAAAAAAAAAAUCUGAAAUAAAAAAUAUAUCUUAAAUACAAUUAGUCAAAUGAAAGGCAGUUCAAAAUGAAAUUUUAAAAAAAAGAGUUCAAAUGGGUUUUUCAUACCUACAAUUGUUCUCUGUUUGGGUAAUUUCACUUGAUCAAGGCUUUUUACUAACAUUUGACACUUCAAAAUAAUAUAAGUAUGUAUGAUUCAUGCUGAUAUCAUAUUGGACCAAUAUCGCUCCAGUACCGGUAUCGUAUCGGAAGUGAAAAUGUUGAGACACCCCUAGUGUACACCAUUUUUACACUUAGGUUGUAUCUCAAAUACAAUAGUUUUGUCAGUACACUUGAAAAAGUAUUGAGUGCUGUAAUUUUGACCGUUUAUUGCUGUGUUCCAAAUGGAUUACACUUUCCACCACUACAAGUUGCUCCUUCGUUAUUGUUGUUCCUAUCAUCAUCAUGUUGACACUGUUCUUGGUGUGCCCAUUGUUCUCUCGUCUCUCCCCCGAUCGCUGAAGCCCUCUAAGUUCUCUCUCUAUCUACCAGCUGUUCCUGUACUCUGUCAGUGCACUGCAGUUUGCUGUAUUUAUCAGUGUGAACGCACUUACGCAUUGAAAAGAUUAAGUGUAAAUCUGCAAGUGUACAAAUUGAGACACUGCCCAGUGAUUGACCCUUACCACCCCAGGAAGAUGCCAUCUUGUGACUAACUUGAGUAGUUGCAAUUAACCAUAGGGAGAACCUUGGGAUGGAAAAAAUUCACACACUCAGGAAAUAAGUACACCGGAUACACUAAGGGCCUGAUUCACUAAGAUCUAAAUACCACGCGCUAAACAGCGUGUGCAAUCUAUAAAAUAGUGUGUACUAUUACUGGGCGUGCUGCUGUGAUCUACUCAGACUGCGUGUGCAGUUAAAAAGUGGUGCAGACUGCCUUGUUCAAAUGAGGAUUUUAUGUGUACUAUACGGGGAAUCAGCACAGAGACUCUCUAUUUCCUGUACACUGUAAAUUCUAACUAGUUCAGUUUACUUAAAAAAAAAGUCGGGAAAUCAAUUGCCUCAUUUUUUUUUUAAAGCAAACUUUCAAGCCAAAUUAAAGUUAAAAUAAUAAACAAUUUAAAGUUAGGUGAACAGAUUGUUUUUAAGUAAGUUUAAACAUUUCGAGUAAGCUUAGUGGAAUGACUACAAGUAAGUUCACUCUUAGAUCUUCAUUUAACUUACUAAAGACAAAUGUUAUGGUUACUUGGAUAAAGUGAGGCAAUUGGUUUCCCAACUUUUUUCAAGUAAACUGAAUAUGUUGGAACAAGUAGCCACAAUUAGCUUCGCCUUUCAGUGGAUAAGCAGUCACAAAGUACAACCUUGAACUUUGACAUAUGCAUAAAAACAGAUGCAUAUGUGAACAACCUGUGCAGUGCUGUAGCCAGUAGAGUACAUUAGGAUUAAAGUCUGAUCACAAUAAUUAAAAAAUUAAAAAAUCAAACAAGAAAUACCCGUCUCUCACUGAAUUUAUUAAACAGUGAGGUAAAUAAAACAUACAAAUAGUUUGUUUUUUCCCCCUAUCUCCGUAUACAAAAAGGAUCAAAUGCAAGUACCGUCAGACUAGAAGUUUCAAUGCGAUUUUACUGGGUUACUUCAGUUGAUACCAUUAAAAAAAGGUAUUGAGUACCGAUGAAUACUAACAAAACAUAUUUAUAAAAAAACACAAAAAAAUGUCAUAAAGACCAUUUAAAACUUCACUUAGGUUCUAUCUAGUGCCUCACAACAUUGGAGUGGCAAUGUUUUUCUUCAACUUAAAGUAGUGCAUUUGUUUGCAACAGCAGGUAGCACGAUUACAUUCCACUUAUUUGGCGUGAACAAUCUAAGUCAAAAGCUGGUUAUUCAGAGUUUUUGUAGGUCGGGUUUCAGAGACUUGCCUCCUAAUGAAACAAACACCCUCUGAAUAAAUUCAAAAGUGUUCUGCAUUUGGAUAGUCCAAAUUAAGAGUAUAGAUCAGACCAAAUAGGAGACACACAGCUUUUGGCAGAUCUGGCAGACAGUCGACGACAACCCAUCCCUCCAGAAUGAUGGCUAUUUCACCUUCCAAAUGUAAAUGGUUCGUUUUACGGGAUUACAGAGAGCACUGCAACUGAAAACUGGCUGAUAUCUGCAUCUACAUUGUCAGCCUAAGAAAAGAAAAAGGAAAGAAAUCCGUUAUAUAUCCUUCACGCACCAGGUCACCAAUCUUGGCACACUAUUGUAACUUAAAUGAAUGUGCUUUGGCCUCCAACUUUUAUUAGCACAACACCCUUGAAUCACGUGAUUCAAGGGUGUUGUGCUAAUUUUUAUUUCAGUAACACUGCUUAACCUAUACAGGUUAAGCAGUGUUACUGAAACAAGUGACAAAGCUACUUCUUCUUUUAAAGCUUCUUUAACUGCGAUUUACCUCCAUGAGGGGCAUUAUCCCCACCUGCUGUUCAUUAUUCCAAGUGACAACUCAGGAUCUCUGAGUAAGUUAACUUGAAUGAUACCAUUUCUGUGAGAUAGUGCCACCUUGAUGUUCACAGCACUUAGCCACUGAUAGUAAAAUCAACAUUUUGGUUAAAAUCUAGUAAACUUACCUUGUUAUAUCUAGUAAGGUAUACUAUUUGCUUUAACAGUGUGUGGCAAUUUAAUAUACUUUCAAACAUGCAGGAGACAUCUCCCACUUUUAACAGGCAGAUUGGAAGCAGUCGUGCAGAGCAUCUUUGACACCACUUUUUUUC